UACGCCCCGUAAUCACCCAGCGAGAUGUUAUAUCACGACAGAACGGAAAAAGACCACUGCCCGACUGAGGAAUUGAACCCCAGACCUUCCGAUUACCGGUCGGACGUACUGCCAUUACACUACCGGGGUAAAUAUUAUCAUUAAGGUUUACCAGCAUUGCUAACAUUGAGCGUUUAGUGUAACUACUACUUGUUUCGUAUGACAUCUUAACCAAUACCAUUGUUGCUUUAGUUAAUGAAUUAUUCAACUAAAUUUAACGACCUUCAAAUAUUGAAUGAUACGUUACCCGUCCACUUGCAACGGCGAUAUUAUCUUGUCAUUCGUAUUUUGAGUAUAUACGCACUAUGCCUUGUUAUUACUGGCACUGUUGGAAACGUGUUAACAAUUACUGUUUUGACACGGCGUAAUUUAUGGCGUUAUGUUACAAUGCGUUACUUGACUGUUGUCAGUUUGGCUGAUAUCAUAUCAUUAUAUGGUUGGAAUUUAAACAAUUUUUAUAAAUUUACACUGAAUCAACAGCAUAGUAAUUUAGAAGAUCUAUCACUUAUUCAUUGUCGACUUGUUUCGUAUAUGUCAUUCGUUGGCUUACAAUUAUCGUCAUGGUGUUUAACAGCUGUCAGUCUCGAUCGUAGUCUAAGCUUGUAUUCUCUAUCAUGGAAACAAAAAUGGGGUAAAUUAUCACGUACAGUAGAUAAUAUUUCUAUUUUGACUUGUGCGUGUCUCCUACUCAAUUGUCAUAUUCUAUUUUUGAAUGGAUAUCGAGAUGAUGAUGACCGUCGAACAACAAGAUGUUAUGCGACAAAAACGAAUGCGCAUUAUAUUUUUCCACAAUGGGAACGUGUUCAUCUUGUUAUGUAUAAUCUUUGCCCAUUUUGCAUUAUGCUGAUAUCUAAUACGUAUAUUAUUCAUGUAACCACUAUUCAACGAGUACAACAAAUAAAAACACAACGUUCACGUUGGAGUAUCAAACGCCGUCGACAGCUGACGUGCAUGUUAAUGUUGGUCACUUUUGCCUUUAUCGUAUUGACACUGCCAUCGUGUAUUUAUUUCGUAUUUUUUCGUCAUCAUAUGAUCCGGGAUACAAGUUCAUCACGCUUAUACCGCAGCAUGAUUCAAAUCAUUUUAAACAGCAUUCAGUUCACAUCACAUUCCAUCAAUUUUUUCUUAUACUGCUUUAGUUCAACUAAUUUUCGAGAUGAAUUUCGAUCAUUACUCACCAAAAUUUGUCCGAUAGUCUACUGUUCAGUAAAACGUAAACCUUCAUUAUUUGCAGUCACUAAAAAACAUCAAGAGCGCCAUAGUCGUCAUGCAAAACAACAAAAUGAAAGAGAAUCGACAUUAGAACAUCAACAUACAGGUGUCACGGUUCGUUUCAAAGAUUUGCAAAUAACCGGCCAUGAUGGAAGUGAUUUAACUUGA